GUCACAUAGAAUAAGAGGCACAAGUAGUGUAACUGACUGAGUCAUCACCCCACACUGCUUUCUAAGUUCCAGUUUUGGGAUGUGGGGAUGGGAGUGCUAGGGGUUGGGUCUGAGGCCUCAGAAAGGCCAGGCAAACAUUCUGCCACUGAGCUGUAACCUCGGCCAAGUUUUUCAUUCUCAGAUAGGGUCUCAUUGAAUUUUCCAAGCUGGCCAGACAGGGCUUGAACUCGUGAUCCUCCUGUUUCCACUUCCUGAGUUGUUAGAAUUGCAGCCUGUGCCACCAGACCCAGCUUCUGAUUUGUAUUCUAAGUUAAUAACCGAAAACAAAGAAAUGGGGCCUUGGAUCAGGUCAAGCUUGUGUGAUGUGAUGAUAUGGUGGAAUUAUGGAUUCACUCUCUCCAUACUUUUUAACUAUGUCUUACUGCUUUGUCCAGUGCCCUGCCCCCCAAAAAUGAUGGAAGGGCUGGGGAGAUGGCUCAGUGGAUAGAGUGCUUGUUGCACAAGUGUGAGGCCCUGAGUGUGGUCCUAGACCACAUGCAAGAUAACCAUGGGUAUUGGUUUACACUAGUAAUCUCAGUGCUGCAGAGGUGGUAACCGGAGGAUCCUUAGAGCUCAGUGGCCAGUCAGCCUAUGAGCUCCAGGUCCCAGUGGGAGACCUUGUCUCAGAGUGAAACUAUCAACAUAAAAAUCACAGAGAGAGAUGGGCUCAGUGGAAGAGUGUUUGCCUGCCAUAUAUGAGGUCCUAGGUUCAAUCCCCAGUUAAAACUUUAAAAGGCCAGAGGCCAGAGAGAUGGCUAAGUGGUUAAGAAUUCAUACGGCUUUUGCAGAGAACUCAAGUUCAAUUCCUACCACUCUCCUCCUGUAACUCCACCUCCAGGAGACCCACUGCCUCCGACCUCUGAGGGCACCUCCAUGCACACGAUUUAAAAUAAUAAGUUUUAAAAACAUAUGAAGUGUGUUUGUGUGCAUUAAGUAAGUAGUGUGAGUCAGGUCACAGUCUCAGUCUCAGUACUCAGUCUGAGUACUGGGAUUACCUCAGUUUACCACCUCACUUGGCAGAAACCCUCGAGUCGGUUCAUUAGACGUCUGAAUAGGCUCCCCCUGAGUUUAGCCUAUUCUCUCAUAACUAGAACACACUCUGGGAGGUGCACGUCUCUGCAUCCAAUCAUCAUCCUUAAGUCACAGCCCCUUUCUGGCUGAGACUUUGUAAGUGAGUUAUUUCUCCCUCUCUUCCUGGGUCCCUGGUCCCUGGGCGUCCACUAAGGAAGAGGCCUUGUCUGAUAGCUACCCCAGCGCUUGCCACACAGCUUGCCACUAGGGGUCCUACCUCUAGCUCUCUGGGUCAGUGUGAGUUCUCCCUAAGUCUGCUGUCUCUCUCUAAGUUACUCUCCCUCUAUCCAUAAGCAUAAACCUCCCCUUCUCCUGUCAUUUGUUUCCCUCCUUUCUGUGGCUCUCUCUUAUUCUGAUUUCCCUCCAUAGAAGAACUUUACAGUUUAUGUAUUCUGAAACUAAUCCACCAGACGGUUUAAAAUGUCCCACAGGGAGCUGAAGAGAUGGCUCAGUGGUAAGCACAUACCACCCUUGUGGAGAUCGAAGGUUGAACUCCUAACACCCACAUCAGGGUGACAACCGCCUGGAAUACCUGCACACACAUGGCGCAUGAAACUCACUGGAACCCAUAUGUCAUAUACACGUACAAUAGGCAACUUCUUUGUUUUGUUUCUUUUAGACGGGGUUUCUCUAUGUGUAGCCCUGGCUGUCCUGCAACUCACUCUGUAGACCAGGCUGUCCUCGAACUCUCAAAGAUCUGCCUGCCUCUGCCUCCUGAGUACUGGGAUUAAAGGCCACCACUACCCAGCUAACAAUAAACAAAUCUUUAGGGGUUGGGGAUUUAGCUCAGUGGUAGAGCGCUUGCCUAGGAAUCACAAGGCCCUGGGUUCGGUCCCCAGCUCCGAAAAAAAGAACAAAAAUAAAUAAAUAAAUAAAUAAAAAAUAAACAAAUCUUUAAAAUCUUAUCUACAAGCAAAUUCUAAAUUCUGUCUUCACCUUAGAGAUACCACAGGCCAAAUUCUCUUAAGCAUAAUAUCACUGAAUUAAGGGAAUAUCACUUAAAUUAACAGCCUACCACUACAGCAGUUCCCAGACAAGCUCAUAUGUGAAAUGCAUUGUUUAUAUUGUUGAACUCUUCUUAAGAUCGACCAAGCAGGGUUAUAAAGACAAAUCAAGGCAAAGAGAACAAAGGGAACAUGGGUCUGCCGCCAUUAUAAGCUGACGAACCACUGCCUAGGAGGAGACAGAGCCGUGUGUGUGACAUCCAUGGAACUCCAACUCCUACCUCUCUCCUCCUGUAACUCCUGUCUGAGCAGAGGACCAUGUGAUCUGGAUGUGGCUUUGCCUAUUGUUGAGAAUUACAAGGACCGGUUGCUGGCGAUUGGAGAGGUGGGGCUAGACUUCUCCCCCAGAUAUGCAGGCACUCAUGAGGAGAAGGAAGAACAAAGACAAGUCCUGAUCAGACAAGUCCAACUGGCCAAAAGACUAAAUGUGCCUCUAAAUGUGCACUCACGCUCAGCCGGAAGACCCACCAUCAGCCUCUUACGUGAACAAGGUGCAGAGAAGGUUCUGCUGCAUGCGUUUGACGGCCGGCCAUCUGUAGCCAUGGAAGGAGUGAGGGCUGGUUACUACUUCUCCAUCCCCCCAUCCAUCGUACGAAGUGGACAGAAGCAGAAGCUUGUGAAACAGCUGCCUCUGAGUUCUCUCUGCUUAGAAACAGAUUCACCUGCACUAGGACCCGAAAAACUGACACGGAACGAACCCUGCAACAUUUCCAUCGCAGCAGAGUUCAUUGCCCAAGUGAAAGGGAUCUCAGUGGAAGAAGUCCGAGAAGUGACAACACAGAAUGCAUUCAAACUGUUUCCCAAGCUUCAGUACCUACUCCAGAAAUAGCUUCAGAAUCACCCCCUGCAAGCCAAGUCAGCUCAGGGCAGCACUGGGGAAAACAAAGUGUUCUCUCGCUUUAGUGGCCUGAAAUGAGGAAGCCAUUUUAUGUGGCUAGUGGUCACAGUUUUACAGAUAUGUUCCUCUUAAAAAACAAAUUUGGGACUGGAGAAAUGGCCCAGCUGUCAAGAGCACUCAGUUGCUGCUCUUCCAGAAGACUCUGCUCAGUUCCCAGCAGCCAUGUUUGGGUGAUUCGCAACUGCCUGUAAUUCCCUCCAGCCCUAGAAGACUCAACACUGGCCUCCUCUGGCACUAGCACACAUGUGGCAUAUCUCUACACAGACACACUUAACAUAAAUAAAAUAAUUUCUAAAAACUA